AUGCCCGGCCGAGGCGAGGUCAUUCACAUCCACGUUGGCCAAGCUGGCGUGCAGCUCGGUAACGCCGCAUGGGAGCUGUACCUUCUGGAGCACGGUCUCAGGCCUGAUGGGCGAGUCGACUCCAACGAAACCGACGAUGCUGGCCCCAAUGGUAUCUACGAGACCUUCUUCACCCAGACGAGCGGCGGUAAAUAUGUUCCUCGUGCCAUCUUCGUCGAUCUCGACCCAAGCCCAAUCGAUGAGAUCCGAACGGGCAACUAUCGCCAGCUCUUCCACCCCGAACAGCUGAUCAGCGGCAAGGAAGAUGCUGCCAACAACUAUGCUCGGGGCCACUACACAAUUGGAAAGGAGAUGGUGGACGAGGUUCUUGAGCGUGUGCGACGUUUGGCGGACAACUGUUCGUCUCUACAGGGGUUUCUUAACUUCCACUCCUUUGGUGGUGGCACAGGCUCUGGCUUUGGCUCUCUCCUCCAGGAAAAUCUAGCGCAGGAGUACGGCAAGAAAGCCAAAUUGGAUUUCGCGGUUUACCCAUCUCCUCGCGUAUCUACCGCCGUUGUGGAACCAUACAACGCCGUGUUGUCCACCCACAGCACCAUCGAGCAUUCCGACUGCACCUUCCUAGUUGACAACGAGGCUAUCUAUGAUAUCUGUCGUCGUCACAUGGAUAUUCCCCGUCCUGGCUUUGAACACCUGAACGGCCUGGUCGCCCAGGUAGUAAGCUCCAUUACCUCGAGUAUGCGCUUCGACGGCGUUCUCAACAUCGAUCUGGCUGAGUUCCAGACCAAUUUGGUGCCGUUCCCGCGUAUCCAUUACCCGUUGAUCUCGUAUGCACCUGUGAUCUCUAGCAACCGUGUUUCGCACGAGAGCUUCAAGGUUCAGGAUCUGACCUUCCAAUGCGCUGAACCUGCCAACCAAAUGGUUGUAUGUGAUCCGCAUAAGGGCAAGUACAUGGCUGUGACCCUGAUGUACCGUGGCGACGUCGUGCCUAGCGACUGCAACAAAGCCGUGGCCGCACUGAAGGCGAAACCUUCCUUCCACCUGGUUGACUGGUGUCCCACUGGAUUCAAGCUAGGUAUCAAUUACUCACCGCCUAAGCGCGUCGCCGACAGUGCGAUGGCCCCGGUCGAUCGUUCGGUCAGCAUGCUCUCCAACACGACGGCCAUUGCCGAGGCAUGGAGCCGGCUGGAUCACAAGUUCGACCUCAUGUAUUCCAAGCGCGCAUUCGUCCACUGGUAUGUGGGCGAGGGUAUGGAAGAAGGCGAAUUCAGCGAGGCUCGGGAAGAUCUCGCAGCUUUAGAGAAGGACUACGAAGAAGUCGCCGGCGACGUGAUUUCCGAAGAGGAGCCUGAGUACUAG